CGAUACCUAUCGAUGGUUAGGAUACGAGAUUUUAUGCCACUCGGGGAAAGAUUAUUCGAAAGAUCAAUUACCAUAAGAUGCGCACAGUGCUGCUAAGCAAAUCGGACGAGCUGUACCUGGAGAAAUGCGCACAGGAGAACCAGUUCGCGUACGGCAUAAUUGUGGGCCAUCAAGCCGACCUUACCAAGAGCAUUGUGGUCCAUCUGGCGCGGAACAACGAGGAGGAUGGCGAUCUGGAGGAUAUUAACGAUGUCCGGCUCACAAUCGCGGACGUCAACUCGCAGGCGUUGGCCUCCCAGUGGCUGAGUGCAAGCAAAAUGUGCCCCGGCUCUUUUGACGUCAUCGGCAUCUUUGUUUCAUCUAUAAGACCCGAUGUUGCCGUUGAUCAGAGUUCGGAAAUCAAGAAUGCCAAAAAACUGUUUUCAGACGUUUAUGAUUUGCUCCUUAAAAGCAACAGCUCCUUCGGUGUCUACACCACCGAUAUUGCACAGACUGACUACGUAUUUCUGUCGUACUCCCUAUCCGACAAGAAGGUUCUCUGCAAGAACUACAGUUACGGAAAUGGCGGAACCUUUUCGAAUAUGGAACACAGGUUUGUGGACAAGCCCUUCGAAUGGAUUCAGCUGGACUCUAGCUACUAUUUGGAUGAUGUGUUGCCCAUAGUGGACAUAAGUCGUCGCAUAAACAUCGAAGAUCAGUUCCAGAACAUCAUAAAGGCAAUGCGCAAAAAUCUGCUGGCCAGUGAGGUGUUCCUGCAAAACGAAAUGGUCGAGGACACCAUUGACUUGCAGACUUACAUUAAAAAGAAGAAGCCCAAAGGCGACAGACUGAAACCCACCACAGGCGGCGGUACAGGUUCCAGUACCCCGGGAAGCACUACUCCUGAAACCCUACCAAUGAUUUCAUCGGACGGUGGAGUGGGUGCCGGUGACUCAAUUCGGGCCAGCAUUGUGCUGCCCGUGAAGUGCCAACUGAGCAAGCCGACUGACAUCAAGGUUCGCGAAUACAAUGGUACUCUGCGCAUGAGCGGUAUCAUUGCUACGAGGAUAUUCUGCAGUCCCCGGAACAGUAUUGCGGACGUAAAGAGAUUCCUACGCGACGAUGUGCUGCGCUCGCUAAUCACCCGUAUUCAGGUCUACUGUGACGGGCUCACGGACCCGUAUGUGACCAACGAGGCUUUGUACAUUAGCGAGCCGCCGCGAAGAGUGUUCUUCAGCCUGCCUUCCGAGGGAGCCAGCACAUCGGUCGGAGCACAGAUACAGUUCUCCGAGUACCUGUUUCGUGGGGAGGCGCCCACUGUUGCCGUGGCCCAAGCAAAACAAGUCCUAGAUGUUGAAAUCGAUCCAGAGGCCAUUUCCGGAGAGGCCGAAGGACUGCCCGACGACUCUAAUUUCACGAAUGGAAAUCAGACAACCGACUCGACGGACGAUAGCCGCGUCCUGCCCAGCUCGAUGCCAAAGCCGGAACUCUCGCGCAGCCUGUACAUGGUGGGCAUAGCGGUGGCCCUUCUAGUGCUCUUGGCAUCGGUGGCCGUGCACUAUGUUAUAACCGGUCGGUAGGCGACACUGCGCCCCCAAACCCUACUCCUGUAGCUCUUUAUACGAAAUGUUUUUUAUACAGAUGCAUUAUUUUCAUGUGUGCUAGCGCACUCACCUCUCUCUUGUGAUCGUUUGUUUUUUAUAAAUCCAUUGUGUACUCGUAGUAGUAAAAAAUUAAAGUGUUUAGGGGUCACGUUGAAUAGUUUUAUUGUGAAAGCAAAAGUGUGCAGCAUUUAACACCAAUAUAAUAAACUAAUGAGUAAUGUA